AGUAACCAUCACAUUUCCGGACUUUUCAACAUAGCGGGUGUCAGCAUGAAUCUGAGCAUGGCCGAUCUCAGCAUUGCGCCCGAAAAAUGUUCUGUCAAUGUUCUCCAGCGCGAAUGUCGUGAGUUGGUAGCUCGGGCGAUAUCCAACAUUUUGUCCACCGAGGUCGCGCAGAACACCUUUGCCCAAGUCGUGGAUGGGGUCCCACUGCCCGCGGUCCUUGAGGAUACACAUGGUGGAUUGGAAUUGCAGCCUGAUCAUCCCUUGUUUGCCCAUGAAUCGCUCUGUCCAGGUAUUCUUGAGAAGACAACAGAGCUUCUACAGACAUUCGACAUUGGAAGUUUGAAGUUCAAUACUUCAGCAAGCUUCUUCGUGCCCUCGAAGCGGAACGGCCAGGAUAAAAGUUUUUUACUACGCGCUUCAUCGAAGUCAUAGGGGUCGCAGUCCACGAAGUUGCCAAACACCUGUACAUGAUGGAUGGCAGAGGUCACCAGGCCGACAACAUCGAAAGUUGGGUGCCCCCCAAGAACGAGGAUUGGGAUUACUGGUGGAGACAGAAUCCUAAUGGACCGCCCCCUACACUCUUUCAACAUACAUAUUAUUUCGAUCACCAUAAAUACCCUGACGGUGUUGCUGAUACCGUCGGAUACUGGGCUGAGUCGCGUAUCCUUGGUGGCGUUAUCCUAUUCGAUAGGAAGGCGGAACCAGCUUCCGAUGCUGUUUUCAUUCAUCCAGACCGGGAAAACGUUACCUAUAGGAUAUGCGAGCUGACAAAAGAGCAAAAGACAGCCCUGGUUGCAUAUUUGCUUGCUCCGCUCUCAAAAGGGGACGGCACGCAGUGCCUCCUACCCAUCACCCCGGACCUUCGAAAUGUUAACCGGGUCGACCCCGAAGAACCUAUAUCCUGGACUGGUGUCUAUCGAGACAUCUGGGAGAGAGAAAUCCAUACAGAUGAGCUGGGGGACGGCAGGGCCAGAUGUGUCUGGAGCAAGGCCAGCGAGCUUGACUGGGUAACAUUCGAGGAUUGGCAGGAUGCGCGUGCUCGAUACUUCUCGAGGUAUGACAGCUCCCGUUGGAGGACCCCGUAUUUCGACACCUUAGAAGAGUGUACAAGAUGA